CGACUUAGAAUCAUACAGCAUGAAGUCAUCAUCAAGUAAAAUCAUCAUGACUAUGUGUGACAUCAAUUACGCAUCAUGUUAUCAUCAUCAAGUACAUCAAUUACAUAGAUGUCAUGUAAUCAUCAUCAAGAACAAGUAUAUAUGGAUUAUAUGAGUAUCAUGUAAUCAUCCUCACAAGCAAAUUGAUUUAUUGUGCCAUCAUGUAAUUAUCAUUAAAUAUUUAUCAUCAUGAUUCAUCAAAUUGUCCAUAUGAUAUAAUGUGCCAUAUUAUGAAUAUUAUUAUUAUACUUUUUGUGGACAUAUAUAUGUAAAUGUAUAUGUCUAUGAAUUAUUCUACAAUUCUAGCGUGGUACCACUCAGCGGUUUCGCUGAGCGUGUAGUUUGUAUAUUUUUCGUUGACUACACGUAGGUAACAAGAAGACAAUGAUGGAACCUUUCCCGGAGGGCAUUGAGUCAGAGGAGAUACAAGGAUGGCAGGCAAUGUUUGGUCAAUAGAUUUUAAAAUGUGUCAUGAUUUGAUUAUUAUUGUACUUCCGCAUUACUCUGAAAAUAUUUUUAAAUGGGUCGCGAUCCAGAGUCUGUAAAUUUAAUAUUUAUAAGUAAUUGUCAUUUUCAAAUGUCAAGCGAAAUUUUUAUUUAACUCUCGUUUCACCUUAAUUUGUGUAAUUCCGGGUUAUACAGAUUGGGGUGUUACAAUUUUGGCGGGAGUUUAGUUGCAGGAAAUCUUGGCAUGGGUCCACCGUAGAAAUUACUGUGUAGUGGUUGUCGGCGGCCAGCACAUGCGUCAAACGUCGCCUCCGCAUUAAAUGAUUGUACGGUUGUCAUGAUUGGUGAUUGGGUUUCAAUUCAUUGUUCUCUUCGGUGCUCUCCCCCUCGAAGUCAUCGGUCGUCCAGAAGAUAUCGCAAGCAAAGUAGCGACAGAGGCACAAGUCCAUGUUCUUCUUUUCUCUUUGUACGAUAUAACUCUUUUUUUAGAACAAUGCUAAGGUUAUACCAAAAGUGUACCCCAUUUGUACAUCACCCCCUUCUCCACUACCCAUUUUUAAUUAAUUUUUAUUUACUUUUUUUUAUUUUCUUGCCCAAUCAUGUGGAAAGGAGGGGUGGGAGACAAAAGGAAAAGUGUUCCCUUAGCAUUUUUCCUUUUUUUAUGUUGGGUAUUUGUUUGAGCUUGGAUUAUACAAUCUAACAAAAUCUUAUAAAAUUCUGUUGAUAAAAUACAUUAAUAUCUACAUAACUUUACAUAGAUUUAAAACAAUCUAUACAUUAAGAUCUUUUAAAAUUUGAAUUGAAUACACUCUUCUAAAUGCAACUCGUUAACUGAUUACACUCCGCAUAAUUAUGUUUUUAUUUUAUAAAUUUAUAUAAAAAUUACUACCUCCGUCCCAUUUUAUAACGCAUGUUUCGGUUUACGAUGUUUGACUGAAAUUAUUUUCAAACCAUUUUAUAUGACAAAUGGUAUAGAAUUAAAAAAUAAAAAUUACAUAUUAAAAAACUACAUCAAAAGAUCUACAAAACUAGUAGUGACAAUAAUAUUUUAUUUUAUCAGAUUGCUAACGAAAAUAGAGAAAGAAAGAAGGAGUGUCCCGUUUUAGAAAAACCCUAAUCAGCUUCAGCGCAGCGCUCAAUCUUCUCCUUCGCUCACUCGUUGAGAGGCAGCGAUAAUCUCAUCAAUCUCCGUCUGAAGCUUCAAGGAGGCAACCAGUUUGCGGCGCUCUGAAUCAAUCGCUCACAGUGAUUUCGCUGGUUGCGACUCUCUGAAUCAUAAAUUAUUCUUCGUCUUCAGCAGCUUUGUCUCUCUACCAAAGCGCCCAUCCCAAAUGAGCUCACAGGCUGAAAUGGAGGUACCUUCUGGGGACAUUGCCUCGCCCCAGUGCCCAAAACAUGAUGCUUAUCUCCAAACAGUAAUUCCGAAGAGAAUCCAACUUUUUGAGUCCAUCAAAUCGCAGCAGCAAAUGAAGCGCCUUUCUCUUUCCCCUGAUCCUAUCAAGGUUGAGUUACCUGAUGGGACGGUAAAAGAGGGAAAGAAGUGGAAUACAACACCAUUGGAUAUUGCAAAGGGAAUAUCAAAUAGCUUGGCUUCAAAUGCUAUAAUUUCGAAGGUCAACGAGGUGCUGUGGGAUAUGUCAAGGCCGCUGGAGGGUGACUGUAAGCUUGAGCUAUUCACAUUCAAUACUGAGGUGGGACGGGAUGUUUUUUGGCACUCAAGUGCUCACAUUCUUGGCCAGUCUUUAGAGAUGACGUAUGGUUGCAAGUUAUGCAUUGGUCCAUGCACAACAAGAGGGGAGGGUUUCUAUUAUGAUGCAUUCUAUGGUGAUGUGGGUGAUGUUGGGUUGAACGCGGAUCACUUUAAACAAAUUGAAGCAGGCACAGCGAAAGCAGUCUCUGAGAAACAACCAUUUGAGCGCAUUGAAGCUUCCAAGGAGCAAGUCCUUGAAAUGUUUUCUGACAAUAAAUUUAAGGUUGAAAUCAUAAAUGCUUUACCUGAAGAAGAGACUAUCACAGUGUACAGAUGUGGACCCUUGGUGGAUUUGUGUCGUGGGCCUCACAUUCCAAACACAUCUUUUGUUAAAGCAUUUGCAUGCACAAAUGCUUCUUCAGCAUACUGGAGGGGAGAUCAUGACCGAGAAAGCUUGCAAAGGGUUUAUGGCAUAUCUUACCCUGACCGAAAAAGCUUGAAGGAAUACUUUGCAAUGAUAGAAGAAGCAAAGAAAUAUGAUCACAAGGAACUGGCUAAGAAGCAGGAGCUAUUCUUCUUUCACCCUUCAAGCCCUGGAAGUUCCUUCUUCCUUCCUUAUGGUGCUAGAGUGUACAACAAACUCUUGGAGUUCAUACGCAGUGAGUACUGGAAGCGAGGUUAUGAAGAGGUAUGGACCCCCAAUAUCUACAAUAUGCAGCUUUGGGAAACUUCUGGCCAUGCUGCAAAGUAUAAGGAGAAUAUGUUUGUAUUUGAGGUUGACAAACAAGAAUUUGGCCUCAAGCCGAUGAAUUGCCCUGGCCAUUGCUUAAUCUUUGAUAAUAGACCCCGCUCCUACAGAGAACUACCACUUAGACUGGCAGACUUUGGGGUUCUGCAUAGAAAUGAGGCCAGUGGUGCUCUUACUGGAUUAAAACGUCUUAGAAGAUUUCAGCAGGAUGAUGCUCACAUCUUCUGCAUGAAGUCUCAGAUCAAAGAUGAAAUCAAAGGUGUACUAGAGUUCAUCAAUUAUGUCUAUCAGAUAUUCGGUUUCACCUAUACGUUGAAGUUAUCUACAAGACCAGUCAAUUUUAUUGGAAAAGAAGAAACUUGGGAUGAUGCUCAAGCUGCUCUUACUGAUGCACUUGACGAAUUUGGGAAACCAUGGGAGAGGAAUGAGGGCGACGGUGCCUUUUAUGGGCCAAAAAUUGAUAUUAGUGUUUCUGAUGCAAUGAAAAGGAGCUUCCAAUGUGCAACAGUGCAGCUGGACUUUCAACUCCCUGAGCGCUUCAACUUAUAUUAUACUUUAGACGAAGAGGGUAAAAGGGAAAGACCAGUUAUGAUACACAGAGCUAUCCUUGGUUCUGUGGAACGCAUGUUCUCCGUACUUUUGGAGCACUACAAGGGAAAGUUUCCCUUCUGGCUAAGUCCACGCCAGGCUAUGGUUUGCCCCGUAAAUGAAAAAUUCCAGUCAUAUGCCCUUAAGCUGCGAGAUCGGAUUCAUGACGCCGGUUAUCAUGUUGAUGUUGAUACAUCCAACAGAACAAUUCAGAAAAAAGUACGUGAAGCCCAGGUUGCUCAGUACAACUACAUAUUAGUGGUUGGUCAACAUGAAGAGACCACAGGAGAGGUGAGCGUCCGAUUACGAGACAAAUCUGAUCUCCAAGUUAUGAAAGCUGAAGAGCUUCUUUCCCAUUUCAAAGAGGUGGUGGAAUCAUACAAGUAAAAAUGCACGAGGAUGAGGAUGAUGAUGAGAGACCAAAAACUGUUUUCUAUUUGGUCGUCAUUUAAUUGUUUUGUUCUUGUAGUAGAUUUUGUUGGGUUUUGGUUUUUAUUCAUGCAGCGAAUGCAUAAAUUUUGAAUGCAUUUAAGUUAGUAAACCAUAAUUAUUAUACAUGGGCUAAUAAUUUUGUUUAUUCAUCGGCUAGAGAGUCUCUUGAAAGAGGGAACUUGAGUUAUGGAAAGAGUUAUAUGGCU